CCACCACCAAAAAAGAAAAAGAAAAAGAACAUGUUUCCAACUCUCCGUCUGUCAAAAGCCCUCAACCUCGGUAGCUUCGUCAAUGCCCGAGUACUCCGUGAUCAUGCCAGACGUGAGGCAUUCGCAGCGGCUGAGCUGACCCGUCAAGCGCUCAGAUACAUCGCGCAGAACACGCAACUCCCACUUCUGCAGCGGACAAAGGCACAGGUUGAUCUCGCGCUCAUGGACUCGAACACUCGAAGGAUGAAGAUAAAGAACCGGUGCAUCGUGAGUGGGCGCGGGAGGGGUAUUUUGAGGAAUUUCCGGAUAUGUCGGUACCAAUUUAGGUUGAUGGGCAAGGCCGGUGAUCUCCCGGGCGUUAAGAAGGCGAAUUGGUAGUUCGUGACUCCUCCGCUGGCGUGGUGGUAGUGGAAAUGUGUGGUGGUGGGGCACCACAGAGCUUGUGACUGGCUGACCGGCUUUGCCGCUGUACAUACAUUUCUCGUGUUGAUAUGAACCGUAUCGGAUGGUGCAUCUAUUGCCCCCACCUCCGCAUUUCUUCUUCCUUC